AUGGGUGGCCCUCAAAGUAUAAACCUUCCAACAAUGGCCAACCAUUUGGCUUUGGUAGCGGAGGAUGACGUGGAUGAUGAUGAGGAAGAUGUGGAUGAUGAUGAGGAUGAGGCUGUGGGUUACGAAAAUGUUCCCCCUCUUGUGCCAACAUUAGAUGACAAUAGGAAGGUUAUUAUAAAACCUACUGGUACUGGUUUGAAACCUGGCAAAGAAGUUGCAAGUGCAAUUUAUUAUGCUAUAUGCAAACAAUUUUAUAAACCUAUACACCAUUGGAUUGGGCUCGAUCCUAGUACGAAAGCUGAUUGGUUUAAGUGGUUUGGAGAGAAGGUUUUGUGGGAUCCUUGCGAUCAUGCAUAUGUUUAUGCCAAAUUUGAAAAAAAAAGGAAGAGAACGAUUAAACGACAUGCUGGAGAAGGUGAGGAAAAAAGGGACUCACCUUUUUGGAUUGGUGAUGAAGUUAGAGUUGGUCUUCAAACUCAUUGGAAACAUCCCAAGUUCUUGGCUAUGUCUGCUCAAAACAAGAAAAGUCGAGCUUCCCCAAGAGGUGGAGCAGUCCACACCACAGGCCGUAAGGCCCAUCUUGACGUUGAACUUGAACUUUCACAUGAACUUCAAAGGGAUUUGCGCCCUGAUUAG